CCAAGUCCUAUGCUAAACCUAUAAGUUCAUGCCCCCUCGAUGGUAAACAACUACUUAGCAUCGCGACAUCGCUGCGACGUUACUCCGAAUUUCCAGAUUAAUGGCCACAAGCGAAGAAAUCACUGAGCGGGUAUAGAAAACCAAUAUAAUAGCGCAGACUGCUGGGAAGCAUAUUGUGGACGGUACUCGUUGCCGACUAAUCAAAAGAAAACGUAUCCUACAGCUUGGAACAAUAGCUGCUCUCGAUGUAGCGUAAACGUAUCCGCGCGGCGUUGACUUCUUUUCCGCUCUAAUGAUAGCCUUGUUAGGUUUCGCGCAUCAUAAUUAAGCUUCAAAUUUCGCAGACCAAUCAAGCCGUAAAGUGCAAAAAUGUCUUCGGAAGAUCCGAAUUCGUGGAGGACGCCUACUUUCAGGCAAAGCAUGAUAGCUAAAAUAGACGAGCACAUUCAAAAGUACCAAAUACCUAUGGUCAAAAAUGCCAGUGACAUGGAGAACCAUGUGUUUAUGAAGGCCAAGACCAAGGAUGAUUAUUUGAGUUUUGUUGCUAGACUCAUACUCCACAUUUCUCAAAUGAAUAAUAAGAAGCCUGCAGGAUCAAUGACUCCAGGAGCCAAUAAUGCUAAUCCCGUUGUUCAGCAGGGUAUGCCAGACCCCAUUGGAGCACUACAAACGCUAGCUCGUCAAGGUACCGGCAACAACGCUAACAUGGGAAUGCAAGGCCCAGGGCAAAAUCCACAAAAUAUGGUUCCUCAGCAAGCUCCUGUUACCAAUAACGCUGCAAACAUUCUACAAACUUUGAAUCGUGGCCCUGGACAACCAAUGAAUAUGCCUGGAAUGCACAACAAGAUGCAAGGAAUGGGUAUGAUGCCAGCUCAACCUGGUUGCCCACCAAUGAACGUAAAUCAAAUGGCUCAAAUGCAAAAUAUGCAAGGAAACACAAUGCUAGCUCAAAUGAAUCAAAUGAAUCAGGGAAAUAUAGGACAGCAAAUGGGACCUCAGACUGGUCAGCCGCAACAAAUGGGUGGGCCACAAAUGACUGUGCCACAAAUAGGGCCCAGUCAAAUGCAAGCCAUGCAGAAUCAAAUGCAAAAUCAAAUGGGCGGACAUCAAUUGGGCGGCCCAAUCACUUCGGGCAUGCAACCUGGAAUUCCAAAUCAGCAGCAGGGUCCACCACAACAGUCGCAGCACAUGAACCAAAUAAAUCCUGCUCAGAUGGCUGCAAAUCAGUUGUCUCAAACGCAACUUGGUCAUUUGCAAAGAAAGCCGGUGGAAAUGAUGAAUGCUGGUUUCCCCGGGCCAAGAAACGUCACACCUAAUCAAUUUUUGAGACAAAGUCCAUCGCCUUCUGCACCGAGCCCUGGUGGGCUUGGAGUACCAACGCCAACUAGCCAAAUGGUAGCAUCGCCAGCCUUAGUAUCAUCACCUAAUCCACAACAUUCUAUGCUUGCAGGAGCACAGCGAUCUGUUGCAAUGGCUCCUUCUCCCAGCAGCUCUUUGAACACACCUGCUAGUACAUUAGGAGCAACUCCAAGCCCGCUACAAGAUGAUCAAACUACUCAGGCCUACAAAGACAAAGUGCGAAAGCUUAGUAAAUACAUCGAGCCCCUAAGAAAAAUGAUCUUAAAAAUGACUAAUGAAGGAACAGAUACCGAAAAAAUGAGUAAAAUGAAAAAGCUUUUAGAGGUUCUGACUAAUCCUAGUUCCAGUACAAAAUUAGAUGUACUGCAGAGAUGCGAAAUAGUAUUGGAAAAAAUGGACUUUAAGAAACUAGAAGCUUCCUGUGGUCCUGUAGUGCCGACAACGUUAAAAGAGCAUCACUUUUUUACACCUCUAUUGGAAGUAGUGAAUACACUUCUGCAGAGUCCAGUAGCUAAUCAUACUCUUCAGCGAACAUUUGGCCCUUGCUUAGAGGCUUUAUUCGGACCUGAAAUUAAAAACUUGCCACCACCUUUAAAGAGACAGAAGACUGAAGAAAGUAUGUGUGAAAUUCCUGAUGCUCUCCAAGGCGAGAUAGCCCGACUAGAUCAACGAUUUAAGGUGAGCCUCGAUCCAGCUCAACAAAACGGUUCCAAGUGUAUUCAGUUAAUUUGCUGGCUAGAUGACAAGCACUUGCCGUGCGUGCCACCUGUACUGGUAAUUGUCCCGACGGAUUAUCCAGCUAUCCCGCCUCGUUGCGUUCUCACGAGCCAUGAGUAUGCGACACCUUACCUCAGUGCUGUUCAAAAGGGUUUAGAUGCUCGGCUAGCCAAACUACCCAAAAGGUAUUCGAUAUCCCAACUUCUGGACACUUGGGAAAUGAGCGUAAGACAGGCUAGUGCGCCCAAAGCUCACCAACACCAAAGUCUCCAGCAGAUCAGCGACUUAGUAGCUUCUACGACGACGGCAUCAACGAUUCCAGCGACGACGACCACCACUGUUCCAGUCAGUUUGCCCGCUACUACGGUUACCGCCGCACCUAUCAAUCCUAUCGCCAACGGCAUUUCCGCAAAUAGCAUGAUUACUAUGGCCAGCUCGUAAAGCCUCGACAUACCAUGAUUAUUAGAAUAGUCAUCUGUAGAUUUAUAAGGGCGUUUUGUGAAAAUUCGUGAUUUUUUUCGAAACAAAGAUUUGUAUUACAUAUUUCAGAGCGAUUAUGCGUUUUUUAUAUAGGUUUAUAUACUUGCGCAAAGCAACUGCAGGUAUACCAUAAGUAUUAUUUUCAAAUUUAUUUUUUAGUUACAAAAAUACUCAUUACUUUUGUAUUGUUGAUCUCGACGUAGUAAGUUUUUCCCGUCCUUAAUUUUACAAAACUCUGCAUAUUUAUUUAUCUUAUUCUUUUAUGCAGUGUUAGUACUGAUGAAAUACAAGACGACUCUCGCAAUAAGCGCUCAGGUUUUCAAGGAUGUUCCUAAAAAUGUUAAUUCUUCACUAAAAUUAAUGCAUCAGCGAUGCAUUUUUUUUCCUUAACAUAUCUGAUAUGAAAUAUAAGAUAAAUUAAGGUUAACAAUGUCACUGCCCUAAAUAUCUAUAUAGUUGUGCGCAUAAUGUAAUUUAUAAUGUAUGUACUUUUACAUUGGUUUUUCGUUGAUAUAUGAACAAAUGUUGAUACAUGCUCUUAAUAAUAGUGCCAAAAACUAUUAUUGAUUCAUAAUUUUUAAAAAUUAUUUAUUUCUUGAUAAUGACAAAUUUGUAGAUAAACAAAAAGGCUUAAAGUAUAUAUAAUAAAUAAAAACACCUACUUUUUUCGUAGGUAUGAACAUGGCUACAUAUUUGUAAAUAAUAUGCAUUUUAAUAAUUAAUACCACUUAAUGUAACAAGUAUUAUUUAUACAUAAUAGAUAUUUUUAUAAAAUUAAUCUAAACAAAGUAUUGUAAUUGUAAGUAUAUCGAUAUCAAGCAAAAUGCAAUAUAGCUGUAAUGAUUAUACACUGUUGUGAAAUAAACUCUCAAGUAUAUAUAUAUAUAUAUAUAAA